GAGAGAGAGAGAGAGAGAGAGAGAGAGAGAGAGAGUUGUUGUGGGCUGAUAGAGCUAGAGCUGAAAAACUGAUUGGGAAGUGUCUAUUAAUAUUUGUACUCAACCAAGUUCUAAACAGGUUAUGAAUAUGGCUACUGCUGUUUCUUUUUGCUCUGCUAUCAUCCCUCGGAAGAAGUAUGAUGUAUUUCUUAGUUUCAGAGGCGAGGAUACAAGGAAUACUUUCACCAGCCAUCUUCAUGAGGCUUUAUGUCGGAACAAAAUCCAAACUUACAUAGACUACAAACUAGAGAGAGGAGAUGAAAUCUCACCUGCCCUUCUCAAAGCCAUCAGCGAAUCAAAGCUUUCGGUUAUUAUUUUCUCUAAAAACUAUGCUUCUUCUACAUGGUGCUUGGAUGAACUUGUGCACAUACUCCAGUGCAGAGGUAGACAGUUUGUUAUACCCAUCUUCUACGGCGUAGAUCCAUCACAUGUACGCAAACAAUCAGGGAGUUAUGCAGAUGCAUUUGUUCAACAUGAGGAACGUUUCAAGGAUACGAUGGACAAGGUGCGCAUGUGGAGAGUUGCUUUGACAACAGCAGCCAAUAUAUCUGGAUUUGAUUCCCAAACAAUUAGGCUCGAGUCUGAAUUAGUUAAGAUUGUGGUCAGUGACAUUUUGGCCAAAUUGAAUCGCAAAUCACAAAUCACAAGUGGUUUCGAGGGCCUGGUUGGAAUUGAAAAACACAUUCAACAAGUUGAAUUGUUAUUAUGCCUCGACUCAUUGGAUGUCCAGAUUGUAGGUAUUUGGGGUAUGGGUGGUAUCGGUAAGACCACCAUUGCUGAUGUUAUAUUUCACCGUCUCUCUUCUCAAUUUGAAGCUUGCUGCUAUAUUGCAAAUGUUAGGGAAGCAUCAGAGACUAAACAUGGACUAAAUGAAUUGCGAAAUCAACUACUUCGUACCAUACUUAAGGAAGAAAAUCUAUAUAUGACCGCUCCAUCUAUUGGAUCAACUUUUGCAAGAGAGAGGCUUUGCUGUACAAAGGCCCUUGUUGUCCUUGAUGAUGCGAGUGAUUUAAGCCAAGUAGAAUAUUUAGCUGGAGGUUAUCGUAAUCUGUUUGGUCCUGGAAGUAGAAUCAUUAUAGCAAGUAGAAACAAGCGCAUGCUUGGGAAUGGUCUUGAUGAUGGCAAGAUAUAUGAGGUUAGGAAAUUAGAUUAUGAUGAGGCUCUUGAGCUCUUUCAUUUGAGAGCUUUCACAAAUAUCUCUUCCACGGCUGAUUAUACAACCUUGUCAAGGAAGGUGGUAAAUUAUGCUGGAGGGAAUCCACUAGCUCUUAAAAUUUUUGGUUCUGUUUUCUCUCAUUGCAGGGGCAAAGAAGACUGGGAAGGUGAAUUAGAUAAAUUGAAAAAAUUCCCCAACAAAAAUAUCCAGAAUGUAUUGAGGUGGAGUUAUGAUGGAUUAGAAGAAAAUGACAAGGAUAUAUUUCUCGAUAUCGCAUGUUACUAUAAAGGAGAGGAUAUAGAUUAUACAAAAAGAAUGUUACAUGCCUCUGGUUUCUGUGCGAAUGCAGGAAUAAGACUUCUCAUCGAUAUGUCUCUCAUAUCAAUAAACUAUUAUUCAAGACUAGAGAUGCAUGAUUUGAUACAAGAAAUGGGUCAUAAAAUUGUGCGUGAUCAAUGUGUUAAGGAUCCCGGAAAACGCAGUAGAUUGUGGAUUGCUAAGGAUGUUUGUUAUGUACUGCAACAUAAUAAGGGAACUGAAGUGAUUGAAUGCUUAGUCAUGAGCAUGGAUCCCAUUUCAGAUCUUUACAUAGAACCUUCAGCCUUCAAAAAGAUGCAGAAUCUAAGAUUACUUAGGUUACUUAACUGCGUCAACAAAAUUCACCUUCCUAAAGGUCUCAAGUUUCUUCCUCAAGCCCUUAUAACUCUGCAGUGGGAUGGCUACCCUUUGAAUACUCUGCCAUCAAAGUUUUAUCCAGACAAUCUUGUUGAGCUUCGUAUGCCUCAUAGCCGACUUGAGCGACUUUGGGAUAAAGACCAGAAGAUCAAUCUUGGGAGCUUAAAACACAUCGAUCUUGGUUGCUCCGAGCACCUGGCUGAUGUUUCAGCUCUGAUUGAGAGUCCAAAUCUCGAGAGCAUUAGUCUGUAUGGUUGUACAAGUUUGGUUCAACUUCCUUCAUUUUUUCAGAAUCUUCCCGAGCUUACUGAUAUUAAUCUGUAUGGCUGCUCCAAUCUCAAAAUUCUCCCAGAGAUGCCAGGCAAUCUGAAAUUCUUAAAUUUGGGCAGGACUGCAAUAGAAGAAUUGCCGUCAUCAAUUUGGUCUCUCGAGAAGCUUUAUGCAUUGGGUCUUGGAUCAUGUGAAGAGCUUAAGAAUCUUCAAAGCAGCGCUUGUAGGCUGAAUUCGCUCCAAUCUCUUGAUCUAAAUGGUUGCCUCUCUCUUGAGUCUUUGUCUGUCGAGCUACCUUCUAGGUUGAGGAAACUGGACUUGAGAAAUUGCAAGAGUCUUCGUUCUUUACCUGUCAAGCUACCUUCUAGGCUGAGAAAACUGGACUUGAGAAAUUGCAAAAGUCUUCAGUCUUUACCUUUUGAGCUACCUUCUGGGCCAGAAGACCUAAACUUGAGCAAUUGCAAGAGUCUUAGAUCUUUGCCUGUCGAGCUACCUUCUAGGCUGAAUAGACUGAGCUUGAGAAAUUGCAAGAGUCUUAGAUCUUUGCCUGUCGAGCUACCUUCUGGGCUGAAUAGACUGACCUUGAGAAAUUGCAAGAGUCUUGGGUCUUUGCCUGUCGAGCUCCCUUCUAGGCUGAAGAAACUGAGCUUGAGAAAUUGUAAGAGUCUUGGGUCUUUGCCUAUCGAGCUACCUUCUGGGCUGAAUAGACUGAGCUUGAGAAAUUGCAAGAGUCUUAGGUCUUUGCCUGUUGAGCUCCCUUUUGGGCUGAAGAAACUGAGCUUGAGAAAUUGCAAGAGCCUUGGGUCUUUGCCUGUCGCGCUACCUUCUAGGCUGAAACGACUGAGCUUGAAAAACUGCAAGAGUCUUGGGUCAUUGCCUGUCGAGCUCCCUUCUGGGCUGAACCAACUGAGCUUGAGAAACUGCAAGAGUCUUGGGUCUUUGCCUGUCGAGCUCCCUUCUGGGCUGAAGAUACUGAGCUUGAGAAAUUGCAAGAGUCUUGGGUCUUUGCCUGUUGCGCUACCUUCUAGGCUGAAAAGACUGAGCUUGAGCUAUUGCAAGAGUCUUGGGUCUUUGCCUGUCGAGCUACCUUCUGAGCUGAACAGACUGAGCUUGAGAAAUUGCAAGUGUCUUGGGUCUUUGCCUGUCGAGCUACCUUCUGGGUUGAAGAGACUGAGCUUGAGAAACUGCAAGAGUCUUGGGUCUUUCAGUGUACUACCUGAUGGGCUGGUUUACCUGGACUUGAGCAAGUACAAGAGUCUUGAGUCUUUGCCUGUCGAGCUGCCCUCUGGGCUAGUGUACCUGCACUUGAGAAAUUGUAAGAGUCUUGGGUCUUUGCCUGUCGAGCUCCCUUCUGGGCUGAGGAAACUGGACUUGAGAAAUUGCAAGAGUCUUGGGUCUUUACCGAAGCUGCCAUGCCUUCUAAAAGAGUUGGAUGCACAUGGCUGCACGUCACUAGAGACAGUCUCAAGUUCGAUGAGAACUGCACCCAUACAAGGUUGGGAUCAAUAUGCAAAGAAUUUUGAAGCAACCUGGCCUGAUUGUUUCGAGCAACACAUAUUUAUAAAUUGCCUGAAAUUGGAUCAGAGUGCACGGAGCAACAUAAUGGCUGAUGCACAGCUUAGAGUUAUGCGAAUUGCAACUGCAUCACGUCCCUCAGAUAAAUAUAGGAGGAGAGCACAACUUAGAAUUGUUUGUCCGGGAAAUGAAAUUCCAAAGUGGUUGAGGUAUCAAAGUGAGGGACAUUCGAUAAAUAUCAAGCUUCCUCCUCAUUGGUUUCGUCAAGGCUUCAUGGGUUACGCUCUAUGCAUUGUGCUUGCAUUCAACAACUUUACGCCACCACCCGAUAUUGGGUGCUACUUUAGUUUUGAAAUCCAUUACAAAACUAACAAUGGUCAAGAAGGUUGUUGGGAAACCCUCCGUAUAAGGCUACCAGAUAUUCUCAUGAAUUCAGAUCAUGUGUUCGUAUGGUAUUUCUGCCCUAAAUAUGUUGAAUUAGAAAGUGCAAUCAAUCGAGACGAUUGGGUAAAAGCAUCCGAGGCCUCUCUUGACUUCAUGUUGUACAAACGUACUUAUCAAAACCGUAGUAAAGAAAAAAAUCCCUUGGACCUCUCCACUGUGAGGGUGAAAAGGUGUGGAGUCUCCUUGCUGUAUGCCCAAGAUUUUGAAAACUUACUUGGAGGCAUUGAUGAAGAUGUAGUUGUGGAACCAAAACAAGUCAUAGAAGAAGAAGAUAUCAUCAUCAAAACUUAAGAGACGACGGAACGAGUCUGAACUCAGUGGAAGUGGAACUGCGAGCUUCAAAGAAGAAGAUGACGACCAACUACUUCCCUAGAGUAGUAGAAGGAAAAUCAGCAUCUUUUGAAAUAUUCAGUUCAAUGCCAUUUUAUGAGGUAUGUAUGUAGUCUGACGCUCACCUUUGAAAUAAUGUUCACAUAUAUAUGCCCAUCACUAUAAUCACAAAUUCACAAUAUGUGCAGUUGUGCACAGAUCGCACAAGCACAGAGACUCUGACUACGGAAAGAUAUCAAUGCUACCAGUUUUUGAUCUUUUUUUCUUCGA